GAGGGGCGGCUGGUUUUGGAUUUUGUAGCUAGCUGCUUUCAGUUGAUCGAAAUCCCUACGCAGAAUCUGCCAUUUCUCCGACCUUUGUCGCCAACAACCAUUGUUAUUGGAUGAAUUCGGCAUGGAGAAAGUAGCAGAGCCGUCUUGGACUUCUUCGUACACCUACCAGGUGAGCAAGCACAGUGCGGAGAUGCUACACAACCUCAACGUUCAGAGGAAAGAUGGAGGCAGGUUCUGCGAUGUGAUCCUGCGCGUCGGCGAGGAGAGCUUUCCUGCCCACAAAGCGGUGUUAGCCGCAUGCAGCGAGUACUUCGAGUCGGUCUUCAGCCGUCAGACGGAGGGCGACGGCGACGCUAAGGAGCUGGAGAUGCACACGAUCAGCCCGAAAGUUUUUAAAGACAUCCUGGACUUCGCGUACACGUCCAGGAUCGUGGUCCGACUGGAGUGUUUCCCGGAGUUGAUGACAGCUGCCAAGUUUCUUCUGAUGCGCUCGGUAAUUGAGAUAUGUCAAGAGGUUAUCAAACAGUCCAACGUACAAAUCCUCGUCCCGACUUCUCGGGGAGGAGAUGCCAGCCUGUUCCAGGCCACGGGGACCACGGAAUUGGGUUUCCCCGUGGCUCACCAGGGUCUGGUAAAUGGGACCGGAAUGCUGGUGAACGGUCAAAGCUUUGCUAACAGUAUGCAGAUGCAUGUGGACGGGGGAGAAGACACCGCCGCCACGAUUUUGGAGGACGGCGGCGAGUCGUCGGUGCCGAUGUUGGAGCCUGUCGAUGGACUGCCAGUCUCCCCAUCUACGGAAAUAACGGGGAACGCGUUUCCCCACGACGCUGGCUCCCCGGGGUCGAAACGGUUCAGGGGGAGACCAAAGAAAGCUGGCGGAGUGGUGGAGGCUGUUCACUUUAAUAACAGCCCCCAGAAAGACAACGGACUGUUUCCUUGUGGGACCUGCGGCAAAGCUUUCACGGAGGCUUCCCGCUUGAAGAACCACGAAGCGCAGCAUGGAGCCUCUAGCGGAGCUUUAAACAACCUCAGCGAUAGCCUGUCGGCUCCGGCAGGGAUUUCCUUACUAUCUCAGCCCGGGUUGCUGGAAAACGGCGUGCAGUUACACGGAGGCCUCACCUUGGAUAACGGCCGCAAGCGAGAGAGGACCAGGCGGCACGUCGGCUGUGACAUUUGCGGGAAAGUUUUCCGCGACGUGUACCACCUGAACCGACACAAACUCUCCCAUUCUGGGGAGAAGCCGUACGCCUGCCAUGUGUGCGGGCUCCGGUUCAAACGCAAGGACAGGAUGUCGUACCAUGUGCGCUCCCACGACGGCUCAGUUGGCAAACCCUAUGUGUGCCAAAGUUGUGGUAAAGGGUUUUCAAGACCAGACCACCUGAAUGGACAUAUCAAGCAAGUACAUACAACAGAGAGACCCCACAAGUGCCAGAUUUGUAAUGCCUCUUUUGCCACAAGAGAUCGCCUCCGCUCCCACCUUGCAUGCCAUGAGGACAAAAUCCCCUGCAAAGUUUGUGGCAAGUUCCUGCGAGCUGCCUACAUGACAGACCACCUCAAGAAACACAGUGAAGGAACUCAUAACUACUGUGGAAUUUGCAACAAAGGUUUCUCCACUGCAUCCUACCUUAAGGUGCAUAUAAAGACACACCAUGGCUCUCCACUGCCCCCCUCUGCCACAAUGCACACCUUCCCUGAGCCAAGGGGGGAACUGCAGAUGCACAACGGCACCCCUUACCACAUGGGACGCCAGUGCUCAGUGGAAGACCUGUGCGCCAGUCGCCAGCUGCUUCUCACCUCGUCUGAGGCAGAGGGGCGCUUUCAUGGGCUCUCUGGACACCCAGUUCUUCCCCAGCCUGGCCAUUCAACCCUCUGCUUGCAGCCUGAGCUGCUCAUGGGGAAGCCAGGUGGGGCUCCAUAUUUCUGGGAGUGUCGCUCUGGCGGGGUGCCUGGCUUCCCCGUCCAUGGGCCUGUCACAGACGGGCAGGAAAAUGCUGGUAAAUGCCCUCAUCUGGAAUCAGAGGAAUCAGAUCCUUCAUUCGGGGAACUGUCCAACAGUGACGAGCUUAAAUCUCCACACAAAACCGAAGGACCAGAACUCGAGAUGCCCUCUUUGCCGUGCAAUGGAGCCUCUGCGGGAGCUUUGGUGUCUCCAGAGGGAUCUAAAGCCAAGACAGACCCCGAGAAGAAAUUUAUCUGCGGGAUCUGUGGUCAGGCUUUCCGCACAAAGUCCUACCUCAACAAACACCAGCACAGAGUUCACAAAGCCCAGAAGGCCCAGGGGGUUUCAGGGCCCAGCUUGAGUGAUAUAGCCCCAUCCCUGACCUCUCCCUUCUCCCCUCAACAAAACAUGUCUCUGCUUGAGUCCUUUGGUUUUCAGAUAGUCCAGUCAGCUUUUGCCUCUUCACUGGUGGACGCUGAGGUCGGUCAAAGUGGAAUUGACUUUGGAGGGAAGUGACUUUUUUGCUAAAGGCUUUAGAAGAUGCAGGAAAGCCACUCUUUCUUAGGACAAAGCCGGGUUGCCCACAGAAGAUACUCUGUAUUUGGGAAUAUCUUUGCCUCAAGACUACUUUUUUUGUUUGUCAUGUUGCUCAAUGUGUAUCCGAUAUUUUUGUGAAAGACUGCCAUAUAAUUCCUACCUUUUCUACUUUUUCAGAUUAUGAACAGUAUGUGUCUGGUAUUUGCAUUUUGCUUUACAAAGAAAUGACAUGAAGGCUUUAUUUCCUUUAACUGAUGGGGAUCUGUUGAAGUUGCUUUUUUUUGUUUUGUUUUUUAAAAGCCCUUUUCAGACACUGAUUAUAUAAAAUUGGUGGAUUCAUCAGUAUGUUAAAGUGAUGGCAAUCAGUGUGUCAUUCAGACAUAGGUCACUUUAACAUUAAUGUUCCUCAUGGUUUCAUUCAGUUACAGAGAGCUACUUGGCACGUGCCCACUAUUUCCCAUGACUUAAGACUUUUUGCAUUUAUGAUCUUAAGUAUUGUUAUUGACUAAAAUGUAACCAAUUUUAAAUUGUUCCUAGGAGCAGGUUCUCUUCUCUGGAUUAUGAAGCAUGGGAUUUACAGAGGAAGGUUUUAAUCUUAAAAUCAGAUUAGGAACAGAGUUGGUGAGAUAAAAUAUCAUUUUCUCCAUGAAAUUGUUUAGAGCUUUAUCGAGUGAACUGCCCAACUUGCAAACAUGCACGAGACACAUAGCCAUUCAUCAUCUUGCACAAGUCUGUCCAUUAAUCUGACUGCAUGCAUUCAUGUUAGCGUGCUGAAAGUGAUGCGUAAAUGUUCUUGGGUCCUACCUAAUGAGUUUGCUGUCACAAAUGUUACAGAAAAGCAGCCAAGAUGCUCAGUCAAAGGAGUGCACAUCUGAAAGGGGCUUUCAACUUUUAUGUUUGAUAGACUAUUCUCAGUUAAAUCACCAUUUCUAGAUUAUUUACUGCAUUGUUAAAACAAGGACGUUUUGUCUUUUUGCUGACUUCACCUGCGUGCUUGGUAAAUAGACCCUCAGCCAUUGCAGUGACUUUUAAUGCUUCAUAUCCUUUGCUCCUCUGAAGUCUAUAAACAAAUGUCUUUACCUCAGAGCAACAAGAGGGCUAAAUUCUGUAUUUAUAUUUUAUUUACUACCUUUCAGAGAGAUUUUUUUUUCUUAAAUAAAGAGAUCUAAUUUGGCUGAAAGUUUGAUAGCAGGGCUUUUUUAAAAAUGAAAAAUCUGUUAAUUGUUAAAGAAGAAAUAUUAU